CGUUCAUUUUGUUAUUGGAUCGGACGUGGCUCGCGCGCCGGUGCCAUAUAUUGAGUCUCUACGUUUUUCCUUAUCUAAUUAGUAUUUAACGUGCCUCAGUACGGAAAACGGAUUUACUCCGUCAGUGUCGCGGUAGAAGCGCGAAAUUAUAUGUGCGAGAACCCGGCGUAACGCAACACGUAAACAAGUUAUAGUGCUCACGGCUUGCUUGCCAGCUAGGCACCAUGCGGUCGCUCUCUUAGCCAUAUGUCAGCUGGAUAUUCAACAGUGUUUUUCAGUUUCUUAACAGAAAAUAUAUUAAGUUAUCAGUUCUAGUGAACAUAACUUGUGAAGACACUCUUGUAGAAUAUCUGUGUGGUUUGUUUGGUUACGUUGGAUUUAAUGUGUUGAUGUAAUAUCCAUGCAAAUUUAUCCUUCAAAAUGGAUAAGAAACUAGACCUUUUAUCAUUGUUUGAGUCUGACUCCUGGCAGACGUCAACUGAUGAUCUUCUAGAGAAUAUAUUCUCUCUAGAGCAGGGCUCAUUGGACUUCCUCGGGGAGUCUAUGCCGGACUUUAACCUGUGCCCUAACAAUGUAUCGCAGCCAGAAGGACUUAGUAGUUCCAGUUCGGAUAGUGGUGUGUCCACAGAUCAAACGGAAUUCGACUUCGAACAACAACUAUCGCCGUUCCUCAUACAGAAUUCAUGCGACGAAGAUGUUAAUUCAGCGAACCUCGAGCCCAUGAGUCCCGGCAACGCUCAAGAUGUGAUCAUACAAAACACUAGUGACGCCUCCAACAGUUCCACGGACCAAGAUGCCUUCGAUAUAUUGGACUUCGAACAGAACGUGGUACCAAGCUUCAUCAAUGACAAUACAUUCCAUAGUCCAGGAAAAGUAGCUAGAAAACGGCGCAUGUCCAACACCCCACAAGUUGCAGUACAACCGAAAGUCCUCAAACCGACGAUCAAGAUUCCGGCCACGUCAGUGCAAAAGCCACAGCUAGUUGUUAAGGCGCAACCCCAGAAACCCCUCAAAGUUGCCAACGUACAAGUCAUAAACCCCCAGACUAAAGUGUAUUCCAAACCAGUUGAAUCGGUAGCACCACAGAGGAGAGUUAUAAGAGUAGCUCCCAUGGCUGGCAACCCCAGAUCGAUAUUAUUGCCAGUGACGAUAAAGGACAUGAAGGAUUUGAAGUCGAUCAAGAUAAUAAAUGCCGCGGAUUUGAAGAACGCCUCGAAUAUCAAGAUCGCGGCCGCCAACUUGCUGUCGCAGAGCAAAUUGCAAGACUUCAAGGAUGCGAGGAGCGAUUGUGAAUAUGAUCCUAAUAACGAUGACUCAGGCAGCGAUCGGAGCGAUGACGAAGAUCAGAAGGAGACGCAAAUAAGUGACGGUCGAAAUGGCUAUCCCCGUCUCGUUCUAACAGCCGAAGAAAGGAGAUUGUUGGCGAAGGAGGGCAUCACUCUACCGACGAGUUAUCCGCUCACGAAACAUGAAGAAAGGGAACUAAAGAGGAUACGCCGCAAGAUCAGGAAUAAGAUUUCCGCGCAGGAUUCGAGGAAACGCAAGAAGGAGUAUGUCGAUGGGCUAGAGGAUAGGGUUAAACAAUGCACGGCCGAAAACCAGACCCUAAUGAGGAGGAUAAAACUGCUUCAGUCACAGAAUCAGUCCUUAUCGCAGCAACUUAAAAGAUUACAGAAGGUGCUCACGGGCGUGACCGCGAGCGGCGCGCCGGGCAAGGCCCAGCCGGCCACGUGUCUGCUGGUUCUGUUGCUCUCCGUCGCGCUCGUGGCGCUGCCGUCGCUGAGACAUGAACGGCACGGGCACGGGCAAGCGCAGAUGCAAGUACCGGCCAACUCGCCGGCUAUCACUCGAGCACUGCUGUCCGCUACCAAUAAAAUGGUGCUCGACGAGACCGUAAUAGACGACGGCGAGUUCAACAUGGAGGAGCUGAUCACGUUCAACCGCGCGCACUCGGACCACGACUACCCGGCGGCCCGCGAGGCCCGCCAGCCCCCGCUACCGGCCGGCUACGUAGACCUGCCCAUCGACGAGGACUGGCCACCAAACAAGAAACGCAUGAAAACACACUUCGACUACGACGACGGGAAAGACUACCUCGCCCCCAUCAUCAAGGAGGAAAAUUACGAGCACGUCAAAAUAGAAGCGAAACUAGACAGGGAACUGAACGCUAACUUCCUCGCGGACACGCUCCUGGCCACCGGCCGCAAGAUCGGCGAACUGCUCGAUGCGUUCCCGCUCAUUCCCGUCAAGAAUGAAGAUAUACUUGUCGAAGAGGUGGCCGACUUUGAUGGGAGAAAUAAUUCGGAAGUGAACAGUUUCGUCGUCAACGGGGCAAUCAACGAUAUCUAAUUUUGUAACGUCUUUAUUAAUGAAUUAUUUUAUAGAUUCUUGUUUUAUUUUAUACACGAAAUAUAUAAUAUAUGAUAUAUGAGAUCGAUGAAUUAUUCCUUCGGUUAGCUACGGUUCCGAUGUUUUCGUCCUAUUGUGUAACUAGUUUUAUUAAGAUUUAUUCGCGGUUAGAGUAAGUAUUGAACGAAUUGACCAAGCUUAUAUUUUGUCAAAUUUUAAUUUUUAAAUUGUAUAUUUAUUACGAGAGCAUAAUUAAUAUAUUAUUUGCAAUAAUUAAUAAAUACUAAUUUUUUUCUAUUUGUUUUAGCCUUUUCUUAUAGUUGUAAGUUAUAUUUUAAGCAUUUGUUAUAUUUCGGUGCAAUUAAGCGUAAGUUCUGAUCUUCAGUGUUAUUUACAUUUAGUAAUAAGAAUCUAAUCAAAUAAGUUUGUAUUGUGUACGCGCGUACAUUUGGUAUUGUGGCGAUACACGAGAACGUUGUAUUUGGAAUGUCAAUGUUAUUUGAAAUAAAUCGUGAGAAUAUA